AUGGCCCUCCUUCAGUACACUGCUGCAGAGCUUCUUCGACUCCGCUUCCACCCGGCUGGCCCUCCACCUGUGGCGCUUCACCUCCAUCCGGACAUCGCUUUCAAUCCCCGUCGCAAAUACAUUCACCGUGGGUCACGGCUAAACUUCACUACCAGUAACAGUGACUCUAUACAAUCCUUCUGGUCUAGAACUCGUCGUCCUCCCCGCAAUACUGACCGGGGUGUCAACCGCGAUGUAUUAGCCCACCUGGCAAAGUCGGCUAACUCUUCCAUCAAGCACCGCAGUUCCAACGUGAACUUCGGUCUUUUAAACGUCCGCUCUCUUACUGGUAAGGGUCAUCUCAUCCAGGAUGUCCUUCGCGACUCUUUGCACAUUUUCGAGGCAAACGUGGUGUCCAGGAUCAGUGCCCUGACCCGCUCCUGUGUGGUGAUACCGUGCACCUUCCAGAUCGGAGACGUGCCUGUCACCCGGCUCCGUGGCCUGUGGUACACCAACAACGGGGAAUAUGUUUACCAUACUGGACAGACCAACAUUCUGGACAACUUUAAAGGUCGCACAAAGCUGUUGGGGGACACAAAUGAGCAGAACUGCACUUUAGAGAUCGAUGAUGUCCAAGCCCAUGAUAAUGGGCCAUUUUGUUUCCAUGCAGAAAAGGGUAGCGACAAGUAUAGGUUUAACCACAGCUGCGUUUUCAUUGUGAUGAAAGCAACUCCUGACAAGCCUGUGAUCUCGGAUCUUCCUGAAGAGCUGGAGCCAGGCAAGAGGUAUACAAUUAGCUGUUCUGUCACCCACACGUGCCCCUCACACCCCCCAACUAUAACCUGGAGUAUUCCAACUGUCAAGAAAGUGGUGAGCCACACAGAGACAAGUGGAGGCCAGUGGAAAACAAUCUCAACAGUUACUUACGUACCAACUGGCUACGAAAAAGAAGAAGACCUUAUUUGCACAGCCUCAUUCUGGAGAGGAAAGAAACAAGAGCAUUCAGUCGAGCUUCCUUUGAAAAGAUAUGAGGGGCUGGGAAUGGAGACCGUAGGACCUUACAUCCUCGCACCACUGUUCCUAGUUUUACUUCUUUGUGGUGUAGCUAUAGCUGGAACUAUCAUUUAUAAGAAGAGGGCUAGGCGGAUGCCUUCAGACGGAGAGAGGACUGAGAAAAGGAGAUCAGUGUGGGCCCAAUUAUCCAGGAGAGCUGAUGGAACUGCAAGCUGGCUGCCAUCUGUAAAAAGAAACAAUGUACCAGCACGGCCACCAAAACCUGAGAAAAGACAGAGCAUCUGGAACCGCUUUUCCAGAAGAGGUCCAGUAGACAGUGCCGCUCUGAUGGUGGAGUGCAACGCACCCCAAAGGCCACCGAAACCUGAGAAAAGGCGCAGCAUCUGGAGUCGCUUUUCCAGGAGAGUUCCAGAUCAGACAGUGGGGUACAAUGUCCCAAAAUCCUACAACAAAUCAGGAGGAGGCUGUUCGGCUCAUUAUGAUGAAGAUUUCGGCUUAUAUGGAAAUGCAUGAUGAUGGAUGCGAAGAUUCUAUGAAGGACAAAGCAACAACAUGUUUCCUUUUUAAUGAUAUAUGUUCUGUACUUCUAUACGAUCCAUUUCAUAGCACCUAAUUAAGAUUUGAUUUACAAUAUGUCCAAAAGUUUGUAGACACCUGCUCAUCCAGCAU